ACUGUGCUAGAUUCCAUUGGUUUCUCGAUUUGGCAGAUGGCUGCUUCAACCUAUAAUGAUAUGCAGCUUCAUACAAAAAAGGAUAAUUCUGGGCAUUAUGAAAAUGGGCAUGCUGAUGGAAAAUUUAAUGGUGGUGGUGGUGGUGGUGAUGAUGAUGAAACCAGUGAGAGUGAGGAUGACGAUGACUCUGUUGUGUUACAUGAGGAACCUAUUAUUGAGGAUGCACGAGUAGCAAUUGCCUGUGAUGAUGGCUGUGUGCGCAUAUAUAGUAUUGAUGAGUCGGACAGGUUAAAUUACUGUAGAUCGCUGCCAAGGGUCAGUGGGCGUGUCUUAAGUGUGACAUGGAGUCCCGACGCAAAUAGGAUAUAUUCUGGGAGUAGUGAUGGGUUUAUAAGGUGCUGGGAUGCUAAAUUGGGUCAUGAGAUCUACAGGAUAACAGUUGGACUUGGAGGCUUGGGUAGUGGACCUGAACUCUGCAUAUGGUCAUUACUUGCACUUAGGUGUGGAACCCUUGUUAGUGCAGACAGUACUGGUAGUGUUCAGUUUUGGGACAGUCAGCAUGGAACUCUUUUGCACGCACAUUCUUGUCACAAGGGUGAUGUGAAUGCUUUGGCAGCAGUUCCUAGCCAUAACAGGGUGUUCUCUGCUGGUUCUGAUGGCCAGGUUAUACUUUAUAAGCUUGGUGGCGAAGUAGUUGGAUCUGGGGAUGACAGGUCUUCUAAAGUGAUGAAGAAAUGGGUCUAUGUUGGUUAUGUGAGGACUCAUACACAUGAUGUGAGGGCAUUGACCAUUGCGGUACCUAUAAGUCGAGAAGAUGUGUUGCCUGAUGAAAAGGUGAAAAGGGUUCGGGGUAGGGAGAAGCCACUUGAUUUUAGUUACCGUAAGUGGGCUCAUUUAGGGGUUCCCAUGCUUAUCUCAGCUGGUGAUGACACUAAACUUUUUGCAUAUUCCGCCAAGGAGUUCACGAGUUUCUCUCCGCAUGAUAUCUGCCCUGCACCAAGCAGAGUACCUGUUCAGCUAGUGCUUAAUACGGUGUUCAAUCAGGCUCCUUUGCUUCUAAUCCAGGCUUCUCACUGGUUAUAUAUUUUUUGUGUUCGUACAAAAAAGGGUGCGGUUCCUAAUGUUGCUUCUGCACCUUCUGGUGGUGUUGCUACCACAGAUUUGGUGGCUCAAGUGAAGUGCAAGGCAUCUCGGAAGAUUAUUUGCAGCACUAUUUCUCCUUCAGGGUUGUUUUUUGCUUAUUCUGAUCAUGUGAAACCCAGCCUGUUUGAGUUGAAGAGGAGUGAAGUCGGCAAACGUGUAUGGACUGUUAACAGAAGGGGACUUCCUCUGAAACUACCAUUUGCCCAUACGAUGGUUUUCAGUUCUGAUUCUUCUCGGUUGAUGAUAGCAGGGCAUGAUAGACGGAUAUAUGUUGUGGAUGUGGAAAGCUCAGAAUUAAUCCAUGCCUUCACACCUUGUCGUAGAGAGCAUGAUGAGGAAUUGCCACCUAGUGAGCCUCCCAUAACAAGAAUGUUUACCAGUUCCGAUGGGCAGUGGCUGGCUGCUAUCAACUGUUUUGGAGAUGUGUACAUUUUUAAUCUAGAAAUACAAAGGCAGCACUGGUUCAUAUCAAGAUUGGAUGGUGCCUCUGUUACAGCUGGCGGUUUUACACCUCGAAACAGCAAUGUGCUUAUAAUCUCCACCUCUUCAAACCAAAUUUAUGCGUUUGAUGUGGAGGCCAAACAGUUGGGGGAAUGGUCCAUGCGUCACACAUUUGUUCUGCCCAGGAGAUACCAAGAAUUUCCUGGAGAAGUCAUCGGGCUUUCAUUUCCGCCUACCUCAAAUUCGUCAUCUGUUAUCAUCUACAGUGCCAGGGCAAUGUGCUUGAUUGACUUUGGGAUGCCAGUUGAUGGAGAUAACGAUGGCGAUGUGGUCAAUGGUCAGGAUUCAGUGUUGAGAAAGUCACGAAAUCCUCCCAUUAAUGGAUUAUUAAAGCGUAGGUUGAAAGGCCACGAUUUAGAAACUAAACAUAGUGGUAGAAAGAAUUUUGAAUUUUGUGCUUUUAGAGAUCCUGUUUUAUUUGUUGGACAUCUUUCGAAAAAUUCUGUCUUGAUCAUAGACAAACCAUGGAUGGAAGUGGUUAAAACUUUCGAUGCCCAGCCUGUUCACAGACAUAUCUUUGGGACAUAA